AUGAUUGGUCCAAAUUUUGGUUCAGACUACUACUACAACAGAUUAAUUCGCAAGUUUGACAGGCGUAACAUUAAGAAAAGUACCGAUCAGUACUUUUUAUUGGUGGUACAGGUCGAGUUCGACGGUGUAGACAUCUGCUUCCACUUCAUCCGUGCGCUUGCCUCACGACGAGGCGAAUUCAUGCCCAAUUCCUCUCGUGAAGUCAAGCUCUACCCGAGCAAUUUGGACCUCACCGCCUGGAACCGUGGGAUGUACCACCUGAGCAAGAACCCAGUUGGGCUUGAUCAACAGCGACGCGGUCAAUCGCGGAUUGUAUCUAUAGAUCCUGGCAUCAGAUCGCUCGUAACCGCUGUUGAUACCAUCGCUCCCCUGAACACCCAAGAGGAAAGAGCUGCACAUACCAUGGCUCUUCACAACAGACAAUACCAAAACCAGUCCAUGUUUAAGUGGAGCCAUCAAAGAACGAUGAAUAAUCGCGCUAACUACGUUGCUGAAGAAGCAGCAAGAAACAAUAAUCCAAACGCUACAGAUCCACAUGAGUGGUAUUUCUUGCUCGAACUAGCUCCCGCCACUGUAACAAGCUCUCUGCGGUUCUUAGCCUAUAUCAGGAUGGUGAGCGACCUGCAUACCGAAAUGUUUACUCGGAACAACUACAAAUUCAGACAUCGAGAAGACCGUAUGACGAUGUUCGGCGCGAGGCGCGCUGCGUUGGAAACGCUUGCGAACAGAUUGCUAAACCUGACGCAAAACGACGAUCCGCCACUUCCCUUCUUCAACAAAACUUUGAAAGCCGAAAGAAAGUCGAUUCGACGUGCGCCCCGGAGGGAAAGACGUCGAGUUUCGAGUGUCCAGGGACCCCAAGAACUACCUACGAUCGUUGCGUAUGGGGACGGCCGAUCUAAGCCCAACAUGAAAGGGUGGGAGAGUGUGUCUGUGGAAAGCUAUCGUGCGGUCCUGGCACGUCGCGCGCUAGUCAUUUUGAUUGAUGAAUAUUUGACGAAACUACGUAUCCGGCGUACGACGGCCACUGUAGGAGAUGGACGCGCAAUUCAGCACUGCAUUGAUGCAGACGGCAAUGUUUUACAUCGCACAUCACAAUGCGAUAAUCUUGAGGUUCUGCGCGGCUGGCGCAGGGAGUUAAUUGAACGCGACUUUAACGCAGCGACCAACAUAGGCAGAAUCAUCGAAGGGAAUUUAUACGGGCACGACAAGCUCUAA